UAAUAAUGCAUUAUUAAUUUGUUCCUAUGUAGUUAUUCAUUAAUGAAGGAUCAGUAUUCUCUUCAGGUUUAUAGCUACAUCUAUGGUGAUAAACUGUAAGCUUAAUAGAAAGUAAGAAUAGAAAGUAUUUUCCAGACAAUAUUGCUAGCAUUUUUUUUACUGUAACAUUUAGUUAAGAAAGGGGUCCCUCGCAAAGGGAACAUCAUAUUUAGGCGUCCGUGGCAUCAAAAGGUUUAAAAACCUUUGCCCUAGAGUUCGCUGUCAUGUUAUUAUUUAUGACGGCCAUUUAAUUUUCUCUCGAGGGCGGAGAUUCCCGGGCUCUGCUGUCUGCGCGCUCUCUCUUUCAUUUCUCUGCUCUCUGCAGUCCACUCGGUUAAUCCGUGCACUGCACACCUGUGCCCACAGACUAUUAGCCCAUCAAAAUAUUCUCCUUCUAGACUGAUCUGCACUGUUUAUUCAGGCAAUUUAGCUCUUUUCUCGAGUUGAUGGAGGUGAGUGCUUAGUGUUUAUGUGAGUGCAUGUUCAUGUUUAUGUACAUUUCAAAAGCCCGCGAAGAGAAAGUAACUUCCUGCUUUUAAAAGUCUGUUCGCGGGCUUUUGAAAAGCAGUGCUUUUCUUUGUACUCUACCACACAGAACUGACGCAUGCACCAACACUUGAUUUUUUUACGUUCUAAAUUUGUUGCAUAUUUUGGUUUUUAAACCCGUGUAUUAUAUAAUUGUUGUUGUUGUGUGGAUGUACAAACAUACGAUUCUGUCUCAUUACAGUCCUUUUAAUUACUCUCAGAUGGAUGAAACUGGAAUUUUCAGCAACUAUAAAAAAACAAGUCAGGCUUCCAAGAAUGGGCAAGAGAAGGGCAAAGCAUCAGAAUUAAAGAAAAAGAAAGCUGUUAGGAGGAAUUCACAAGGAGCCAAAGAAAACAACAAGUGUGUUCAAAAGACUUUACCUAAUUUACCUAAAAGAAAGCGGGAGCCCCUUCAAUCCACCAGCAAUAUUCCUGACCAUUACCCUAAAAAGAAGCAUGCAGUGACAAAACAGGAGGAAUUUUAUUCCAUGUCACAUAGACCUCUUGGGUAUUGUUUGAUCAUCAACAACUAUAACUUUGGGAACACGUCACUUGGAAACCGAAAAGGGACAGAGAAAGAUAAAGAUGAUCUCACCAGAGUGUUUGAGAACAUGUUCUUCAAAGUUGAGGUGCGGGAUGAUUUGCAAGCAAAGGAUAUUCGAAAUGUGAUAAAGGAGUUUGCAGAGAGGGAUCACUCUCAAAUGGAUGCUUUUGUCUGCUGCGUCCUCUCCCAUGGAGAGAAAGGGUCUGUUCUGGGAAUAGAUGGAGACCAAGUUCCGAUCUGUGAACUCACACAGCCUUUUGCUGAAUGUCACACACUAGCAUGCAAGCCCAAGCUUUUCUUCAUUCAGGCCUGUCAGGGUAAUAAGGCCCAGCAAGGUUUGUGGAUGACUGAUGGACAUGAGAGCACCACAGAAGAAGGAACAUUUGAGGAGGAUUCUCAGGAUACUGCAGCAUUCCAGAGUAUCCCUAAAAGUGCUGAUUUCCUCAUUGGAAUAGCAUCAGUGGAGCACUGCAAAUCUUACCGCCAUGUAAAAAAUGGAUCUGUCUUUAUCCAGGAGCUCUGCAAGCAGCUGGAAGAUGGCUGUCCAAGGAAUAAGGACAUAAACUCUAUUUUGACAAAGGUGAAUAGAGCAGUGAGCUCCCAAACUUUUCAGCGUUUCAAGCAGAUGCCUGAGGUUCGCUACACUUUAACCAAAACACUGGUCCUUCCCAUGAUGAAGCAAGUCUCCUGAUUGGCUGCAGCAUGACAAUCUGGCAUCUAUUCUAAAAGACAUGGUCAGACUCAAAGCACAAAGAUGAGCGGUUUGUACUUUGUUACUUCUGCAUUUAUGUCAACAUUUAUGUAGUGCUGUAGUGCAUGACACUGACAACACCAAGGUCAUAGGUUUGAUUCUCAGGGAAUUUAUUAAUUGAUAUCUAUCUAUCUAUCUAUCUAUCUAUCUAUCUUGUGGGAAAAAAGUGCCUUUUGUAAUACAGGGUUUCAUCUGUUUUUCAUUUUUCAUAUAUAUUACCUGAAUGUUGCCCUCGAGAAUCAAUUAUAAGUGCGUUGAGCUGGACAAUGUAUUUUAAUUCUUAAGGAUUGUGUUUUUGCACUGUUUUUUUAUUCAUUUAUUCAUUUUAUAUCAGAUAAAUUUUAUAGUGCUGUUUGAUCUGAUGGGUUAAAAAAAGAAGCACUUCAGGUCCUUAUUAUGUUGUUUUCCUGGAAGACGAGUAAUAAUGGUUUGAUGUUAUGACCAUUAGUUAAUGAUUGACCUCAUUUAUGAUAGCACUGCUUCAUUUUAAUAACUAGCUGACAAUCAUCAGAGGCAUAGGACGGCUCUGAGAUGAGGUUAAAUUAAUUGGAGAGAUAAGUAAAGUAAGAUAAAAUUAUUUUUGUAAAUGUAUUUUUGAUGAGCAUUAAUUACUAAGCCAAAGGAAUGAGUGUCGUGAAUAGUGUGAAUUAGGAGCAUUCGGUUAAACGUAUUAUACUUUAAAACAAUUACUUCAAGAAAGACAUGACAAAUGCUUUCUUUCCAAAAUAAUUUUUUGCUGACAUAUUUUAUCACUUAAUGUGAUUGAAUACUCUAGUCUAGUCUAAUAUAGCCAAUUAUUAGCACUGGACCCAAACUGUAGUUUGUAGCAAUUACAGUGUAUUUAUAAUUACCAUGUCAAUUCUGGAAACGUGCUUUGUGAAGCCUACAUUUGACAAACUGUUUCUUUUGGUCCUAUCCCAUGGCAUGUUUAUGUGUUGUAUUUUAAUUGGAUAAUGUCAAGUAUAUUUCAUUGUACAUGAAGUAAUGCACCUGGUUUUUGUAUUGAAACAAUUUUUAUGACUUUUACAUGCAAAAAAAAAAAAAAAAGUCUUUGUUACGGUUUGUGUAAUAUGAACUCAUAUGCAAAAGUGCUGUACAAUAAACACCAGUUUGCCUUUAACUCAAA